AUGGGGUGUAUGUUUAGCAAGAAAUCUUGCGUAAAAAAGUACAGAGGCCAAAAUUAUUCUAAAAUCCGAAAACGUUAUCUCAAUUUAACACACUAUUUACACUUCAAAGACCUCAAAUUCCCAGCGUCCGACUCCAUCCUCACAACUGGCACUGACAUUCCCCGCAACAUUGAAUGGAAACGACCUCAUGAAUUGUGUGAAUCUCCCCUGCUGGUUGCUGGACUCGUUGGAGAGCACACAGCUACGGCUGGAAUUUUGUCCCCCGCGUGGAUUUCCUCUGCUCUCACUCUUUUGGCUCAUCGACCGCAUUUGUGGCACUGGGUCGUGCCUCAAUAUCGUUUACAAUGCUGGAGUGAAGAGAAUACACCCCAUCAUCCUGGAGUUUUCCACUUCAGAUUGUGGUAUCGUGGGUUAUGGUAUGAUGUCGUCAUUGAUGACCUCCUCCCUGUGUUGGAUGGUGACCUAGUUUGUACCCAGAGCUCAUGCAAGAAUGAAUGGUGGCCUUCUUUAUUGGAAAAAGCUUAUGCAAAGUUGCUUGGGUCUUAUGCAGCCCUGAAGAGCGUUACCCUGGCAGAUGUGUUGGUGGAUUUAACUGGAGGAGUGUCAGAGAUAUGGUCUGUCCCAACAAAAGUGGAUCAGAUGGGAGGAGAAACAGCCUAUGCUGAUGACCAGGAUGGAAGCUUUUGGCAGCUGUUUAUGAAACUCAAGUCAGAGCUUGCCCAUCAGACACUUGUGACAGCUUACGUUCGCAAAGAGACCCUGGAAGAAGAAUCGUCAGAUCGAACAUCACUUGGAUUAGUUUUAAACCAACCAUACCUCAUUAUUUCUGUUAAACGAAUACAUCUAGAAAAUUCUACCUUAAAAGGAAUUCUGAAGGGAAAAGAAAAAGUAAUAUUGCUGCGGCUGUGCAAUCCUGCUGUUGUGGAUAAGACUACACAGAAUGGAUCAGUGGUUGAAGUGAAAGAGGAAGCAGGUGGUUCUUCAGAACAGCAGGAUUUUGUAUUCACUCACAAGCAUUUAACUCAAAUGCUGUCCAAAGUGCCAGAGUGGGCCAGGCUUUCAGAUGUAGACCGUCAAAAAUUGGGCCUUGAAGUGGAUAAUGACAGAGAAUUUUGGAUUCCUGCUGAAGAUUUUGCUACCCAGUUUGGAGAGCUCUGCGUUUGUCGGAUUUUGGGAACUUCUGGCGCGCCUCUGGCUUGCAUUCUUGGCGAGCAGAAUUGGCGUCAAAAUGAGAUCACCGGUGUGUGGGACAAGAGUUUUAAUAGAGGACGAAAUGGACAUUCAUCAUUACCUUCGACACCAUCACAUGAUCUUCUGAACAAUCCACAGUUCAUCCUGGACAUUAGUGCGGAAAAGGGGGCUGAUGUGGUAAUUCAGCUCCUUCAGUGUCCUAGCAUCACCUUGGAAAGCCAGGACUAUCCAUCCAUUGGUUUAUCUGUUUUCAAGGUUGAAAAAAACCGAAAGUACCGAAUCCACUCACUUCUUGGCCACAGUUCUGUGUUGACUGUCGAGCCUUCCUCAAAAAGAGAAGUAAACACUCAAUGCCACUUGGCGCGUGGCAGAUACCUGAUUGUGGCCCAAACUGAUGCUGCUCCUCCGAUCUCCUCUGCCCAACUCAACGUUACCAAACACAACUUUUUACUGCGGUGCUUUGUCACAGAAUGCUGCAAAUUCUUUUUUGCGGACAAGGAUUUGCCAGCAAAAAACUGGCGGCAAUAUUUUUCCAGUGAUGUAAAAAAUAUAACUGUCGUCUCAGUGAAGGGAGCUGAAGAUUUGAAAUUCCAUAGUCGCUUUUACAAGUGCAACCCUUACUGUGUGAUUAAAUGCGAGGGUGCCAGCGCACACACUGAUUACGUGGACCAUGACUCAAAUCCGGCAUGGGAAGACUCCUUUGUCUUCUACCGACGGACACCUGCCGUUCCUCUCACGGCCAAGGUGUACAGCCACCGGCCGCUAUUGCCUGGCGUGCUCCUGGGACAAGUUAAAAUUCUCGCCCCUGUCAACCACCAACCGACAAUCGUCAGGGCAGACUUAGUCUUGCCAGGGUAUGAAGAUGAAGCUGUUAGAGGCAUACUUGUCUUGGAGGUUACCACUGAAGAUGAUCUGAAUGCUAUAUAGUGAUUUGUUGUAACCCUUCUCUAUAUAUUGAUUUUGUGACUAACAUAUUAUAUUUGUGAAUUUUAUAGCUAGUUACUUAAAUGAAAAACUAUGUGAUUGGAUAAAAGCAUGACUAACCUUUGAAAAAGGAAAAUGUGUUAAGAAGACUGGUCUACAUGCACAACAAAAAUAUUAUUUUCACAAAUUCAUAGGCUUGCUAGAUACUAACAGACUAUAUAUGAUAUAUUGUUUUCAAAAUAAAAACAAACUAGUUUUAAAUGCAA